UGCGCAAGGUUAUGCAACAUUUGUAAUUGCAAUUUUUUUUGCAAAUUUUUCUAUAUAUGAACUUAUAAAACCAGAAGUUUAUGUUUAACAAACACUAGCGUUAGUGGUUGUUUUAUUACGAUUUAUUUCCUUGCUGGUUUAAUGAUGUACCGAACUAACCGAAGUAUAAACUCUGUGAGCUUGUUCAUCGCUAUAUUGUUGCUGAAUGGCUAUGAAGCAGCAGGAAAGAAUGCCCUUUUUGGUGCAAUUGCAGAACCGAAAACGCAUUGCAACUGUCAAUUAAAAGCCGGUAAGCUAGCUGAUCGUAUUAGUUUGGACGACAUUGCUGUAUCGUUUACAGUCACUAUAAUGGACAGUUCAAAUAGCACGUCGAUGGGGGUAAAUAGACGUUUCGUUUUGGUCAGAAAAAUGAGAGCUGAGUUUUUACUGGCACUUCCUGACGACAGUGAAAUACUGUCACUAACGACCUUGAAACAUUCUGUGCAGUCCUCCAGUGUUAAAAUGUACCCAGCGAAUGAUACAAAUUGUUUUAAUCGCCUUGACGCGAUUUGCAAAGACUUGGUGAUAGUAGCAGCAUUUUACAAAAACACAGAAUUCAAUGUAGAACCUGGUAGCCCAGUCUGUUUUCCACCUUUGGAGGGAAAGAAUAAGACUGAUGAUAGUGAUGUUGUUCAUCGAUGCUGUACAUGGAAGGAAAAUUUAAACAAUGGGUUUGUAAACUGUUCACAAGUUAUCCAUCCUAAUGAUUGGGUGUCCUAUGCCAUAAUUGCUGUACAAGUUGUCAGUGCUGUACUUUUCUUGAUUGCACCUUUGUUAUUUAAGUACUUGCCAACUAGAGAUAGCCAGAUUGUUCGUCGGUCAAGAGUCACUGGACCAAAACGUCUUGGUUAUUCAAACUAUUUGGCUACACCUGUUGACUCACUUGCUACAAAUAGAAAGCUACUCACUCUUGUUGAACCAUUAUCUUUUGUCACAUGUGGUGGAGAUGAAGCACAGGCAUGUUACUCUAGACUUUGUCGAGUCAUUGGACUGUUAAUCUUUCCAUUGAUAUUUUGUGCAUGUGUUUGGGUGUUUUUAGUCGACAACAAUAACACAUCGAUAAGGAGCAAUGUUACUUACUACACAGGCUUGAUUGGGUUUCUCAAGCAGCCAGUGGAAUAUUAUGUCUUUGCCAUUGUCCUUUUUUGCAUUAUUGUGCUUAGUGUAUUAGUACUUAUUCCUGGGCGGUUGUCUGGAUUGGGUAGAUCUUUGUCCGGUCGGAAAGAUGAAAAAACCUUUCUUGGUUUCCCAAAACCCGAGCAGUACCUCAAUCAUCACACAGGAAAAACAGGUUUUCAGUUUAUGCAAUCAAAUAUGGUAUUUCACUUGAAGUGCUGUAUUGAUGCUGGAUUCUGGGUUUUUAUAAUGAAAAUCAUUUUUGCACCAUGUACAUGGCUGCUGACAUAUUGCUGUUGUCCUGGUAGAAGUACUACACCAGAACAAUCAGAAACAGUUGACUUUGAUCAGGAUUAUGAAACUCCCAAAAUUUGUUUGGUUCUAGGAUUUAUUCUCCUUCCAGUUAUCAUGGCCUUGUGGAUACCAUUUGUUAUUUUCUGUCUUGUGGUUUAUAUAACACCAGUUGGAUAUGUUGCUUUUCGGAUUUGUCGUCUUCUUUAUAGUCAGGAUAUACCUCUCAGCAGUGACUGUUGUGAGCGACUUCCCUCUUGUAUUCGAAUAGUUCUUGUUUCAUUUCUAUAUUGUAUGUUCAUAUUAUUCUGUAGUUCUGUUCUGGGUUCUUAUGUAUUUUUGACAUCAAUGUUUGGAGUAUUUUUCUACAUUCUUGGAAAGAUAUUUCUUUACACAUUAAUUGGUCUUGGCUUCAAUGUAAAGUUUUUUAUUCCCUACACAGUUUCUGCUUUCUUUGUUAUUUUCUACAUUUGGAGAGCAUUUUCUCAUUACAUUUCUGUUUAUGAGAACUUGCGGAUUGUUCUUUUUGAGGAAUGCGAAAAGUAUGAGCAACAGGAGCCAAUGAAUAUCCAGCCAACGUCAAGUGCAAGUGAUAGCUCCAGUAUGACAUCAACCCAAGCUGCAGGGCCAGGAUUGUUGCUCUUGGAUAAUAACUAUGCCCCAUCAAUUCCAUUCAAUCUCUAUGUUGCUGUCUACCGUCGACUCAGACCAAGAGGGAAAACAUUCUUCAUAAUUGUGAUGAAACUGCUGUUAACAUUAGUUUAUCUGUCCAUAGCAUUUGCAGCCAUUAUGUCUCUAAAUAAUGCUGAGGACACAUCAACCUAUGUACAAGCUGUCUUCCUGUGUGCAACAUUUGCUCUUCCUUUGGUAUUGUUCCAUGGUAAUUCAUCCCAUUCAAAGAAAAGGAGAAAAGAUCUUGAGUAUCAAGUGAGAUUUAUUAUACACCGAUAUGUCUCUAAGUUGGGGAGCACUUCUGAACCUAUUGAUAACACUACAGUUGAGGCUGGGGGAAAUGUUGAGUUUGUUCAGCCUGGAAAGAAUGACUUGUUUGAUAUAUGAUUUUAAGUAAAGAUUGAUGGCAUUGAUUCCAAAAACUUUCACCAUACUGUUGGAUAAUUAAUAUGAUUUUGUGUGUGUAACAAGAUGAUAACAUUCGAUAAUGUUGGAUGAUUAAUAUAUAAAUAAAACGGAAGGCAAUUUUAUUUUAUAGCAUUGUAAAGCAGAAUUUGAGACCACCUCUGACAUUAAGUAUAAUAAACUGAUCCAAUUUGUGCUCCAAGCAUUCUAAUUAUUAAACAAUGCUAGAAAUAAACAACGCGGACAUAGGCGUACGGGUGCAACUUUGUUUGAGAGGGCGAAAAAAAUCGCCUGAAUUUUCCAGAUUUACCAGAUUUGUAACAAUAAACUUGGCAAAGCAGCGGAUUUGCUUUCAAGAAAAUGUAACAAAAAUGGCCAAAUAGAGUACCCAUAUAUGAUAUAUAUUACAAAAUUUGGUUCUAAAAAUUUUAGCUCUGUAACUCUUUUUCAGUUUGCCUGAAUAUCUUGAUUCUCGAAAUUUUGUUCCGUACGCCUAUGAACGCAAAUAGAGUAUAAACAGUGAUCGAAUAUGUCCAAUAGAGU